AUGACUACUGCUCACUACCUCCAGAAGCUUAUUGCAGCGUCAGACGACAUCCUCUCGAUUUGCCGGUCGUCAAGUGCUCCUCGUUUGCUACAAGCUGUUUCUAUACUCCCUGAUCUCACCUUUCCUUCUCAAGACUGGUUCAUACCACCGGAACUCGCAGAUGCGAUAGGCCCAUCGACGAUCACGACUUUAUGGUCUAGCACUUAUUCCCACUUGCGACAAGACAGAGAAGCAACUUUUGAUGCCUACACCUCAAUCUUGACCAAAUGGAAAUCUUUGGAGGAAUAUGGUGCAGCUUCAGACAAAGAUGUGCAGAAGCAAAUCUGCGCGGUGCUAGAAGCCUCUUUCAACUCGCAAUGUAACAAGAUCAAACAGGUUAUCCGAGGAGUGCUCAUCCGUAACUCUUUACUACAGCUGCCAUCUUGUAGGCGGCAAAUUCCUUUCUCCUCACGAGCUCUAACCAUUCUCGAAGCGGCUUAUUCCCGUACCAAAAUCCUCACCACCGCCGAAACAGCCAUCAUCGCAGAAGCAGCAGGCAUAACUGCUCAUCAAGUCCGAACUUGGUUCCAAAACAAACGAAACAGAGGACCAAGAAGAUCUCAACCCACUCCUACACAAACAUUCAAUCGACCAAUCCAAUCAUUACCCAAACGAGCACAACAAGCGAAACUGGCAUCGCCUUCGAUUGAAAGAAGACAAGUCAGAUCGUUACCUCGUCGAGCUCAAGGUCAAGCUUCUCACAAUGCUCCCGCUACUCCUAUCCUCGAGUCCUCACUCGGUAAUUACCCAUUCGAUAAUGGAUUCCCUGGUGACAUCCAAGGAGAAAGGAUGCACAGAUCGUCAUCACUCACAUCGACAAUAUCAUCAUCAACUGAACCUAAUGGUGGAUUCAUCUCGCCAUUCCAUAUGCAUCAGGUGGAUAACAUGCCUCAAAUAGCUGUAGAAUGGGGUGCGGGAAUGUUGAAUGUACCAGUAGAAGUAUUAGAAGGAAGCAAAAUGCCCGUGUUCAACUUUACUCCUUCAAGUCCACUCAAUCUCAAUUUCAAUUCCACCUUCAACCCUUAUCCCAACCAAGACUAUCAAGGCAGUAUAAUGGGCUGUCAGGCGUACGAUACGCCAAUCGAAACAAGGACAACAUCGUUCAAUCCCUUCGAGAAUCCAGACUUUGACUUGGCAGCAGGACUAGAAUCUAUAGAAUCAAUGUUAUCUUCAGCUUUAUCCGAUCCCUCUUCGUUCGAUAACUUCUCAACUCUAGCUGCUUCUCCUCAGAUAUCACUUGAUUCACUCUCGCCUGGUUCAGAUACGAUCGAAUCAUUCACUUCUCUUGAAUCUCUUGUUUCAAGUCCAGGAUGGUCGGCAGGCGAAGCUCUAGAUGGAAACUUCUUCCAAGCCCUAGAAGGAUUGCUCGCUUCCCCUCAAAGCGUGAGUGGAGCGGUCGAAUCUGGUAACCCUGUCGACAUGAAUGCUACCGCUGGACCAUCAAGGAGCUUAGCGAUGUCAAGCACAUCAAGUGAUGGAGAUAUGGGUGGAAAUGGUCUCAUUCAAGCCGCUGAAGGAAUUGAUCUAUCUUACAUCGCUUCUAUACCCUUACCACCUUCACCUACAAUAUUCACUACCACUCUGCCAACUUUCGAUAUUUCCGACGAAUACAAGCUACAAAGCGGGAUGUGUACCCCUUCGUCAACCACUUCAGCUUACCCACUCAUAACUCCUACUAACACCAAUGCCGAAUCUAUAGUAGAGCUAGAUCAAGCUCAGUGGGAAUGGAUGAGUGGUGUUCUUCCCUUCGAUAUGGUUGGAAUGGAAGUUGAAAUGAUGGAAUAUGAUAUGGACGAAAAACACGAAGAGGGUAGUUGGAUGAUGAAUAAUGGAAUGAGAAUGACUGUUGGUCAAUAG